AUGUCUGGAACUGAAGCAAUCAAUCACAACGACCACGCCGCGCUGGAGAAGGACGUGAAUCCCUCCCCUCCCUCUCCCCAGAUCGGCCUGGGCAACAGCGGUGCUCCAAUGCAGCCCCAGAUGUCCGCCGAAGAGCACCAGGUAGCUCGCGCUGCCGCGCGCUUCGGCUACGGACCUCUCGCCCACGUCAACGCCACAGAAGCAUCCCUGCCUCCCUUCGGUGGUGAGUUCCAGCCCGGUCUGUACAAGUCCGUCGAGGGCCGCAAGUUUGCCAAUCCUGCUCCUCUCGGCCUGUGCGCUUUCGCCCUCACCACUUUCGUCCUCAGCGCUAUCAACAUGGGAACCCUGGAUAUCGCCAGCCCCAACAUCGUUGUCGGUCUUGCUUUCGGUUACGGUGGUCUUGUUCAACUGCUUGCCGGCAUGUGGGAAAUGGCUGUCGGUAACACUUUCGGUGCUACUGCUCUCUCCUCCUACGGUGGUUUCUGGCUCGCUUUCGCUAUCGUCUUGACCCCUGGUGGGUUCCAGAUUGGUGAGGCUCUCGGCGAGACAAGCAGUGAUCCUUCCAAAUUCUAUGACUCCAUGGGUCUUUUCCUGAUGGGCUGGUUCAUCUUCACUACCAUCAUGUUGUUCUGCACCCUCAAGUCCACCGUCGCCUUCUUCUUGCUGUUCUUCACCCUGGACCUGACCUUCCUCCUGCUCGGUGUUUCCUACCUGCAGCGCGGUCCUGACGGCCACCCCAACGCCAACGUCCAGAAGGCCGGUGGUUUCUUCGGUUUCCUGGCUGCUUUCUCUGCAUGGUAUAAUGCCCUCGCUGGUAUCGCCGAUACUAGCAACAGCUUCUUCAUCAUCCCUGUCGCUCACUUCCCCUGGUCCCCCACUGGCCGUGUUCGCCGUGAUAAGACUGACCGUGAGCUCGCAUAA